AUGAAGCUCCUUUUUCCCAUCUUUGCAAGCCUCAUGCUACAGACCCAGGUGAACACAGAACUCUUUGCCUUGAAAAAGUGUUUAAAGGGCUUUGGAAAAUGCAAGAACCACUGUGCCGUGAGUGAAAAAGAGAUAAUGAUGUGCAAGAAGAAAAAAUGUUGUAUUGAACCAAAAGCAGCUCAAGUUAUAAAAAACUUCAUCCAAUCCGAAAUACUUCACACAUCUAAUAAAGACUCCCAAGCACUUUUUAAAAAAUUCAAGAGUUCUAAUGUUAAGAUACCAACAGAAUAUCAUAUUUCAUCUAUUCUCCCCCAAAUUGUAAGCAUCAGUCCUUCUGCCAACACCAGUACCAUCGUCAUCACAAAUGCCACCACUUUGAACUCCAUUACCACCAUCACUGCUGCUUCUACCAAGAGUGAUACCACAAAAAGCAGUAAUUCUGCCAUUGCCUCCACACCAGCACCACCACCAUCACCACCAUAG